ACACUUCCUGUGCCAUGGAGCCGCAGUCAUCGCUGUGAAGCCCUUUGCUGAGAGACCUCGGUUGAUUAGACUGCGUUUCUUUCUUUCUUUCUUUUUUUUUUUUUUUUUUUUCCUACUUAAACCGCCUUGUUGUGUGAUUUGUACUGACGGCGAGGUGCAUUCGUAGAUCUGGGGACACCCUGAAGGGCGCAAUGUACUGAGACUUUGGACAAGAGAGCAGUUUCAUCCUGUGAAGAUGGCUGACUAUGAUGUGAAGAAGCCCAGAUUUAAAUUUCCUGACUUUUCAUGUUUUCCAUGGUUACUGUCUUGGUUGGCUACUCUGGACUGCGAAGGCCCUGGGAAUUUUAUGUCACCUUGGAAAUAUGUUUAACAUUCUGAGAGGCAGUGACUUGGGAAGAUGUAAUCGUGAACUUCACCAAGGAGGAGUGGGCUGUGCUGAAUCUAUCCCAAAAGAAGCUCUACAGAGAUGUGAUGACGGAAACAUUGAUGAAUAUAAAUGCUGUAGGAAGGACUUGGGACAGCCAGCAAAUGGAAGAGGAACUCAGAAAUUGUUCAAGAAAGCUGGGAAAUGAAGAAGUAGCAAUGUGGUAUCGAUAUAAAACUUCCAAUCAACAUAAAAACAUACAUCUUUGGACUUCAGAAGUGAAUGUGGACAUGAAUCAUUCUGCUUUAGAGGCAGUCCAAAGUCUUGUUUAUGGAGAGCCCCUUUUUGGGCACUCAUUAAAUAUGCCCAUCUUACCUCAUCCUGGAGAGAAACCAUGUAAGUAUUGGAGAUUUGAUGACAAGCCGAUUAAAUAUAAUGAACAUGGAGAACCUUGCAGUGAAUUUCAGUCUUUUCAAAAGCAUGCAAGGCCAAAGAAUGGAGAGAAACACUAUAAACAUGAGCAAUGCAUGAAAUCCUACUCUGAAUUUAGUGAAAGAACUCGCUCUGAAGAAAAGACAAUUGUUGAACAGGAAAAUGUGAAGGCCUCCAGCACCCCCAGUGGCUUUCAAAUCCAUGAAAGUACUCACACUGGGAAGAAACCAAAUAUUAGCAAGCAAUAUGAAAAAAGCUUCAACACUGAAAGUUGUAAAAUUCUUGAAAGGAUUCAUGUGGAGGAGAAACGUUAUGUGUGCAAGCAAUGUGGGAAGACAUUCACUACACAGCAGUCUUAUCAAUUACAUGAAAAAGGUCACAGUCGGAUAAAACCUUACCUGUGCAAGCAUUGUGGAAAAGCAUUCACUACAAAGAGUUAUUCAAAAAUUCAUGAAAGAAUCCACACAGGACUGAAACCCUAUGUGUGCAACCACUGUGGAAAGGCAUUUAGUACACACAGUGAAUGUCAAAGACAUAAAAGAUUCCAUACUGGGGAGAAAUGUUAUGUGUGCAAACAAUGUGGGAAGGCAUUCACUACACAAAAUCAUUGUCAAAGACAUGAAAGAACUCACACAGGUGAGAAACCUUAUCUGUGCAAGCAAUGUGAGAAGGCAUUCACUACACCUUACGCUUGUCAACGACAUGAAAGAAGUCACACUGGAGUGAAACCUUACAUGUGCAAGCAUUGUGGAAAGGCAUUCACUGCACAUGAAGAUUGUCAAAGACAUGAAAGAACUCACACUGGGGAGAAACUUUAUAUGUGUACACACUGUGGGAAGACAUUCACUACACAGCAGUAUUGUCAAGAGCAUGAAAGAAUUCACACUGGGGAGAAACCUUAUAUGUGCAAGCAAUGUGGGAAGACAUUUACAACACACCGGUCUUGUCAUGUACAUGAAAGAACUCACAGUGGGUUGAAACCUUAUGUGUGCAAACAGUGUGGAAAAGCAUUCACUAGAAAGAGUUAUUCAAAAAUCCAUGAAAGAAUUCACACAGGACUAAAACCUUAUGUGUGUAACCACUGUGAAAAGACAUUUAGUACACACAGUGAGUGUCAAAGACAUAAAACAGUCCACACUGGGGAGAAACAUUAUAUGUGCAAACAAUGUGGGAAGACAUUCACCACACAUGAUCGUUGUCAAAGACAUGAAAGAACUCACACAGGGGAGAAACCUUAUGGGUGCAAGCAAUGUAAGAAGGCAUUCACUACACAUUAUGCUUGUCAACAACAUGAAAGAAAUCACACUGGAGUGAAACCUUAUCGGUGCAAACAGUGUGGAAAAGCAUUCACUACAAAGAAGUAUUCCAAACUGCAUGAACAAAUUCACACAGGACAGAAUCCUUAUGUGUGUAAGCAUUGUGGAAAGGCAUUCACUACACACAAAGAUUGCCAAAGACAUGAAAGAACUCACACUGGUGAGAAACUUUAUAUGUGCACACAAUGUGGGAAGACAUUUACUACACAACGGUAUUGUCAAGAGCAUGAAAGAAAUCAUGCUGGGGAGAAACCUUAUGUGUGCAAGCAAUGUGGGAAGGCAUUUACUACACACCAGUCUUGUCAAAGACAUGAAACAAGUCACACUGGGGAGAAACCUUAUGUGUGCAAGCAGUGUGGAAAGGCGUUUACUACACAUUGGUAUUGUGAAAUUCAUGAAAGAACUCACACUGGAGAGAAACCUUAUGUGUGCAAGCAGUGUGGCAAGGCAUUUACUACAAACCAGUAUUGUCAAGUACAUGAAAGAAAUCACUCUGGAGUGAAACCUUAUGUGUGCAAGCACUGUGGAAAAGCGUUCAUUACAAAGUCUCUUUGUAAAGUGCAUGAAAAAAUUCACAAUGGAGAGAAACCUUAUAUGUGUAAGUUAUGUGGAAAGGCAUUCAGUAUUAGGAAAGCUUACAAAAGACAUGAAAGAAAUCACACACGGGAGAGACCUUAUGUAUGCAAGAAAUGUGGAAAGGCAUUCAUUAAAAACAGUAAUUGUCAAAGGCAUGAAAGAACUCACACUGAGGAGAAACCUUGGCAAAGAUAUGAAAUAACUCAUAUAGGGGAGAAACCUUAUGUGUGCAAGCAAUGUGGGAAAGAAUUCGCUACACACCAGUCUUGUCAAGUGCAUGAAAGAGCCCACACUGGGGAAUAACCUUAUAUGGAAAUGCAUUCACUAAACACCAAUCUUUGUCAAAUAAAUGAAAGGUGUCACGCAGACAAGAAACCAUGUGCAUAUGAGUCAUUAGGAAAAAGAUUUGCUAGUAAUUUCUCAUUAUAUAUACAUAGAUUUUACCCUGAAGAGGAACCCUCUGUAUAUCAAUAUGGGGGAAGGAUUCAAUGAACACAUUUUUUAAUCAACUGCAUGAAAGAUUCACUGGAAAUGGACCCUAUUUAUGUAAGGUUAUUUUAAAAUACUGGUAAAAAUUCCUCAUGUAAUGGAGACCUGUACACAUGUAAGUAAAAAUGGGAUGUCAGUAUUUCUCAUGGGUGUUUCAGAAAAUACAUUCUGAGGUGGAGAUCCAGAAUGUAUUCUUUUUUUUUUCUUCAGGAAACUCAGUUUUGAAAAGCCAAACAUCUGUAGACUUUAUUAGAAGCAAUAUUGAUAUAUUUUUGUGUAAUUCAGUAGUUGAAUCUAGCAUAUAGUAUUUUUAAUAAGAUAAGAUGAAAUAAAAUGUAUUUGUCACUUCCAAAUAGUAUUUAUGCAGGUUUGAAUUUGUUUUGUUUUCACUAUGUAGGGAUAGUCCAAUAAAAAAUAAAUAUUAAUAAUUUUUCA